AUGUGUAAACCUACAAACAAAAUUUACUAUCUCGUUAUUUGUCUUUUAAACUUUUUAUCUAUUUCUAAUGUAACUGGUAAUUUUGAUCCGAAUAGAGCUGAUUAUAAUGCAUAUGGUGUCAAAAUAGCUAUGAAUGAAGAUUUUCUUGUAUUAGCUGAAAAUAAAAAUGAUCCUCCAAGAUUUUUUAUACAAUUUGCACCCUACAAUGGUAUUCAAAUGUCAUUACAAUGUUCUACUCAUUAUCCACAAAUGACAGAUUCUUUUAUUUAUACUGUUGUUGUUGGUAAAAAACAAAAUAAAAAUCGUAAGCAUUUUUAUUUCGCUGGAGAAUUAACAAAUAAUAAAAGUGGCAUAUUUGUUGGUAUUGCAAUAUAUAAUAAUAUAAAUAAUAAUUCAUCAUUAUUAUGUAAUACAAGUUUUACAUAUUAUCUUCAAUAUUUUUCUAAUUAUCAACAUCAAGAAUAUUAUAUAUUAGGUGUAGAACCAAAUGGUUAUUUUACAUAUGGAUUUUCAAAUGAAUUUAUAUUUAUAUUUGAUUCACGAAAUACUUCAGUUUUAGAAAUAUGGAAUGGAAAUUUAACAUGGCCAGAUACGACAUUUAUUCCUCAUGCUGUUGAUAUUUCAGAACAUUUUGGUGUUAUAUCAGGAUUUAUUUAUAAUGGUAUACAUUCUGCAGUAAAUUAUAGUCCAAUGAUUUAUCUUAUUAAUUUUAAUUCAUCAAAUAAACAUCCAAUUGUUGUUAAUCAGUAUAAACCUAUUGCUAAUCCUGGUACAUGGCAAGAUUUAUUACCAAAUGCUGAUGCUAAUUUAUAUUCAGCAAAAUAUGAUAUGUCUAUUAGUAUCAAUGAAUAUGGAGAUGUUUUAGUUGGUAUGCAAUUUAUCAAUAGAGUGUUUUUUUUCUAUGUUCAUAAAGCAAAACCAACAGAAUUAAAUUUCGUUAGUAGACAUACAAAUGGUAGAACACUGGGGAAUGGAAAAAAUAUUGUCUGGUUAGAAAAUGGUAUAGCUGCUUUAAUAGUCAAUGUUUAUACACUUGAUUAUGAAUGGUUAUCAUCACAAAUUCACAUUUAUGGUAUUCAAGCAAAUGGCUAUAAUUCAAAUAGUACUCCUCUUUCAGUUUUUCCAAAUAAUCAUCAAAAGUUACCACAAAGUCUUGAUCCAGUAUUCAUAAAUAUCGUUUCAUCACCAUCCUCAUUAGCAUUACUUGAUAAUAAAGGGCACAUAGUUAUAUUUCUUCCGACAUUACCAGGCUAUUAUUUAUCAAUAAAAGAUACAGGAACAAUACCAUUGAUUACAACAUCACAUGCAUGUAUGCCAGGGACGUAUAAAAAUCAACCUGGAAUUCAUGAUUGUACGCUUUGUCCAAGUGGAACAAAAAAUCCAGGCAUUUUUUCUACUUUUUGUGUUCCAUGUUCAUCAAAUUCAUUUUGUCCUCUUGCUUCUGUAAACGAAGUACCUCAAUCAGCAUUACAAACUAUAACUCAAGCUCUACCAUAUCCGAAAUCACCAGAAAGUGCUACAUUUGAUGAAAUUCUCAUUCGAAAUAUGUUCAGUAUAGAAUCAGGUCGCUGUACACUUAUUUCACCUUUAUUUUGGACAUUGAUUGUAGGCAGUUUAGCCAUUAUUGUCAUGAUUAUAAUGGGAUUUUUAAAAUAUUUUUCAAAAAGUCCACUAGGACGAAGAAUAAGAAAGUUAGUAAAAUAUAUAUUUCGACGUACAGAUUUAAUUGGUGAAGGUGAAUUAUGGGUUGGUGGUUUAGCAUCAUUAUGUGUUAUUGUAUUAAUUUGUUUUGCUUGUAUAUUUAGUACAAGUUUUAUAAAACAAUAUCCUAUAGAAACAUCAUCAAAAUCAUAUUUUGAUUGUGAUUUAUCAAUAAAAAAUGCAAAAUUUGAAACAAGUGUACAAUCAUUAGCAAUACCAUUUACAAAUGCUGAUCAAAAAAUGUUUGAUUUAUUAAAUAAUCAAGAAUUUCUUUUAAAUAUUGAUUUUGUAAAUACAGUAAUUAAUUGUGAUUCUGUAUCAAUUGAAGCUCUAUUUGGUAUAACAUGGUCAACAAUACGUUGGUUAAAUUGUGAUAAUAUUAAUUAUACAUUAUCAUUGUCUAUUCCUUUACCUUAUCAACAUAUAUCUGUACAAGUUUAUAUAGAAGAUAUUAAAACCAUAGGAGCUUUACGUAUUGGUCUUAAUGGACAUGAAGUUAAAAAUGGAAGUUAUUUAUUAAAACAAUUAAAUUUUUAUCAAUCAUUUUUUAAAAAUGAAUUUAUAUUAGCAAGACAUUUACCUAUUACUCUAUCAGUAACAAAAGUUAUUAAUGAAACACUAUCAAUUAAAAGUGGUGAAUCAAAUUUUAGUGGUAUUUAUAUUCCAACAUUUACUGUUGAUUAUAAUAGUUUAUUUUUCACUGAUAAUCAAUUUAUUCGUUCAACAUUAACAUUAACAAAAUUAAUUAUUUCAAUUAGUGAAACUCCAUAUUAUGUUAAAAAUUUACAACAACCAAUAGCAAAACCAUCAGAGAUUAUUUUUCAAAAUCUUUUAUUUACUACUGUAUGUUUAGAAUUAUUUGGUCUUAUAUUCUUAUUAUAUAAACUUCUUUUGAAACCAUUAUUUUAUUUUUUUCUGAAGAAAAAGUUUACGAAUCGUAAGACAAAUAUUAACAAUAAACGAUCCAAUGAUUAUUAUAAAUAUAGACACAAAACAACUGGUAAUAUUUAUAUCGACAUGAGUUAUACGGCAUAUUUCUAA